GCACAAUAUUUUUGCAGAUUUUGUUAUGUAACAAGAGAACAAUUUUAUCCUGCUAAUGGUUCAUGUAAAAUAUACGAAUCAAGGAACAUUGAAUCAUACAAUAAUGCUUUAGACAAGAUUGGAAAUAAAAAUGAUUUUCAAGGUAUCAAAUUCAAUUCAGUUUUCAAUCAAUUAAAAAAUUAUCAUGUCUGUGUACCAGGGUUACCUCCAUGUUUAGGACAUGAUUUAUUUGAAGGAAUUGUAGCCUUUGAUUUGCAAUUAUAUAUUGCUUAUUUGAUUGAUAAUAAGUGGUUUACUUUAAAACAAUUAAACAAGAGAAUUGAGAACUUUAAGUAUUCGACAGAAGAUCGACAAGAUAAACCCUGUACAAUAAGUGCUAUGAACAAGAGAAUAUCUGGAGGUGCUUGCCAAAUUUGGAACUUUCUUAGACUUUUGCCUCUUUUAAUUGAAGACAAAAUCGAAACAAUUGAUGAUGAAGUGUGGGUUUGCAUACUUCUACUCAGUGAAAUAGUUGAAAUCAUUUGUUCUCCAAUAAUUCAUAAAUCUUGUUUACCUUAUUUACAAUUAAUUAUUUCUCAGUACAUUUUAACAAGAGAAUUGUUAUUUCCUCAAAUUAAGUUGCGGCCAAAGCAUCACUACCUGAUUCAUUAUCCUUAACUCAUUUUGCAGUUUGGCCCUCUAAUGAAAGUGUGGACUAUGCGUUUUGAAAGCAAGCAUCGUUUUUUUAAAAGAGCCAUUCGAUACACCCUUAAUUUUACAAAUGUACCAAAAUCUCUCAGCAUAAAACAUGAACUUUUACAGAGUUUUGUACGAUUAGGUACAGAUAUUAGAAUCCAAACAGAAUUCUAUGAAGUUAGUAACUUUUACAUCGAAUUGUACAACAAAGAUAUACAAAAAGCUAUACAGAAUGCUAAGUUACCUCAAAUGAUCCAGCAAUGCAGCAGAGUUGUUGUGAAAGAUCGCAAAAUGCCAUUAUUCAAAGUAGAAUCACUUAGUCACAAAAGAAUCAUGAUAAAAGCAAAUAGUAUAUCCGAAAUAAUUGAAAUUGCAAUAAAAAAAUUAAAACUUCCUGAAGACAAUACCUACAAGUUACUUUUACAAAACGAUGGAACAGAGAUAGAUGAUAAUGAUGUGCUACUGGAAUAUGCAGAACAAUCUAAAGAUAUGAUUGUUUUAACGAUUUUAGAUUCUAGUUCUAUCAGUACAUGUUCUGAAGCAUUAAGUUCAUCAAAUAGAUCAAGUACAAAAGUAAAAUCAAUAAAUCUAGAAGACGGAGUAUGGAGUAAAUUAUCGGAAAGAAUAGUUGCUGCUUGCGUAAGAGGAGAUAAACUGUGUUUUUCAGACAGAAAAGCAGUUAUUCAGAAAAUCGUAGAAUAUAUGAUUGAUACUCUCAAAAACACGACAAGAAGUAAAGCACAUGAAAUUGCGACAAUUCUCUGCAAUACUUAUCCGAAAACUUUUGCUGAUACAAUUGGUAACGAUGAAAUGUGGGGAAGUGGCUUAGAAACCGUACGGCUUGAAAUUUAUAACGCCUGUCUUUAUAAGAUUAAUUCAAAAAAACGUAAAUCGUUUUCGAAAGCUACGAAUUAUGACAGUGACGAUGCGGAGCAAGAAGAACGUCAGCAGCAAGCUACAUCACGACGUCAAGACGAGUAUGGCUGCGUUGAGUAUGCAUCUAUUCUAUUAUAUGAAAAUGCUGAAAGUGAAAAUAAACGACGUACUUUAUUAGAACUUUUCGCCCUUCACGAAAUAAAUCCACAAGUUUUAAAAUUAAUGGAAGAAACGUAUCCAACUCUUCGUGCCGUAUUAAAUGAUAAAAGCAGAAAUUUAGAGAUAAUAGCUGCUGAGUGGCCUUUCUUACAAGAAACCGAUUGUUUCUUUCAACACUGUUCUCGAUUAUUAGGGAAAAAUGUUGUUCAAGUCUGGACAAAUUCACUUAGUAACAAGACGAAAUCCAUACGGCAAUAUUUCAAACAUUCACAGAAAAAAAAGCAAAUGAAAUAAAUGAGAUUAUAAACGACUGCAAAACAGCUGUUCAAAUAAGGAAGGAUAAAAUACCAAAACUAUUAGUGAUUUUCCGAUUAUUAAUCUUUUAUUUCAAUGAAAAGGAAAAUUUUCUUUUUAAAAUAAUUGGAAAUGACGUUGAUGAUGCUGAUGUAAUAAAUGCUGCUGACACUGAGUAUCCUGUGCUUAUCAUCAGAGGAAAAUCAUUAUACGACGAGAAUGCAAAAUGUACUGUCAUUAUUAAUAAAAAAGUUUCAAUUACUUCCACGAAUUCUCUGGAAGGAAUCUUGAUAACUUUUCUCGCAUACUACGUUUAUCGAUUUUGCUAUUCACCUAAAAUUGAAAAAUCUCUAGAAUUUAUACAAAGAAUUUUUUUACAAAUAAAUCCACAAAGAGGAGCAAAAAGUGCAUCAAAAGCUCGUCGAUAUAAUAAAUCAUUUGAUGUGCGAGUAUUUAAACUUGCCAAAGAACUUUCGGCUUUUUCUGACCAAUUCAAUUUAACCCAGUGAUACUUAUGCAGAAAAAUACAUAAAUUCGCCAAUGCUACCAAACAAUAUACCAGGAAGAUACUUGUGAGUUUUGUGAAAUAGGUCUAUGUUAUUUCACGCAAGAUAUAUUGCGGUCGACAAUUAUAAAUAGAGGAACCCAUCAGAUCAUGCGAGAAUCUGCCUACACAUCUCGUCCCCGGGAAAGCCGUGGGACAGCAUGUGGUCUAUCAUCCGAGUAAUAAUAACUAUUAUGUUCCUACCGGUGUAAAUAUAUCUAUGUAAUCGCAAUCUCUUUGCUCUAUUGUUUCCUCUCGCUGCGUCAUUAUUGACGACAUCGGGAUAAUUAACGAUGUCGUAGACGAAGCGAUCGCUUGACCGCUUAAGCCAACCACUUUCCUGUUCGGUCUGCAUCGCACGAGAGGUCAAUGACGUUUAAAACUUUUACGGAUGUGACGUUGAUGGUGAUAAUAAUUUUAAUCUGAAAUGUAAUUGCACAGAGAUAAUUGAUAGCGAAUAUCAAAGAGUGCUAAAUUUAAUUACAAAUAGGAGAUUAUGUUAAUGUAAUUACUUAAAAAUUCAGUCAUUUAAGAAAGUAAAUAAAAAGCAAACCUCGGGUGUAACUCAAGUUUGAAAUUUCAUUACUUUAUACUUACAUGGAAAAAAGUGUAAUGAAUUAAAACGUAGUUUGAUCUAAUUAAACAUCGAAUCACACUCUCACAAAUAUAUAUAUAUAUAUAUAUAUAUAAACGAAUGCCUUCAACGAUGGUAGCUAGAUCUUAAUGCUUAUAUUUGUUUGUGUGAUUUCAUAUAGUUUCCUCAAAUUCAAUAGACUCCGUCGCCAAAUUGUUUUUACGAUCAUAAUACAGCUCUAAAUUAAACAAGAGUUAGUAAUGUAAAGAAUUUAAGUUUAUUUGAAUAUAUGAAAUACUUUUUGUUAAAAAUUUAAGUUUUUGUUUAAAUAAAUAAUAUUUAAUAUAAAA